UUCAACAGAUCCCAAAGCACCAAAAAUAUAUAAUACUAAUUUAAAAAAUGAUACUAUAAAAAAAUAUAACGGGAAUGUUAGAUUCGAGUAUCGAUGUUAUAGUGAAGGAAUGCCAUCUCCAACUAUUACUUGGUUCAAAAACAACACAAUAUGGGUGCCAAACACUAGAAGAAUUAAUAUGCCAAAUAAUAAUACUAUAGUUUUUGACCAAUUAAAAAAAGAAGAUGAAAACAUAUACGGCUGUAUGGCUCAAAAUCGAUAUGGUGAAGACUUUCGAUCAUCCAACUUAAUUAUCGGAGAAGUUGGUGAAAAUGUAUUUCUGUUCUGGAUCAUCAUUUUAGUUGUUUGUUUAAUAAUUAUUUUAGGAAUUUAUCUUGCCAUUUUAAGCGCAAAAUUGUACUACGAUAAGAAAACAAGGUCCGAAUUAAAAGCAAUUGUUAUUUAUAACAAAAAUAACGACACAAGUAAUGGUAUGCAUUCAAAUUCGAGUAAUUCAGAAAGAACCAAUCUAUUAACCUUUUGUAAUAAGUGGGAAUUUUCAAGAGAAAAUUUAAAGUUACAAGAAAUGUUAGGCACUGGUUCUUUUGGUUGUGUUAUGAAAGCCAAAGCAUUUGGGAUUAAUCCUGAAGAAGAAAGCACAACAGUAGCUGUUAAAAUGGUCAAACGAAAUCCACAUAUAAUGCACAUCAAAGCUUUAAUCUCCGAAUUAAAAAUUAUGAUGCAUCUUGGCGAGCAUAAUAAUAUUGUAAAUUUAUUGGGAGCUUGCACAAAUGAUCUAAUAACAAAUCGUGAAUUAUAUGUUCUUGUUGAAUAUUGUUUGUAUGGAAAUUUGAAAAAAUAUUUACAACAAUAUCGUGGCAAUUAUGUAGAUCAAAUUGCUGUGAAAGACACGGAAUGUAAAACUGAAAAUAAUAAAAUUUUUCUGUCCAAACAGAAUAAUUGUAAAAUAUAUACGGUAGAUUUAUUCUCAUGGGCUGUGCAAAUUGCAAAGGGUAUGAAUUAUUUAACAUCACGGCGUGUUAUUCACGGCGAUUUAGCUGCACGAAAUGUACUAUUAACAGAGAAGAAAAUUGCUAAAAUAUGUGAUUUUGGUUUAGCAGAAAAUAUGUGCCAAAAAGAUAACUAUGUGAAGAAAAAAAAAGGUCUAGUGCCAAUUAAAUGGAUGGCAGUAGAAUCAAUUCGAGAUGGUAAAUUCUCAAUUCAAUCGGAUGUAUGGUCCUUUGGGGUAUUUCUAUGGGAAUUAUUUUCAUUAGGUGUAGAACCAUAUAGUGACAUAGCGGUUGAUAAAAAAUUUUAUCGUAAAUUAGAAAGCGGCUAUAAAUUAUCGAAACCAAAAUAUGCACACGAUAAUGAAUUAUAUACUCUAAUGCAACAGUGUUGGGAAAUUGUCCCUGAAAAGCGUCCAUCGUUUUUAGAUUUAAACAUUGAUUUAGCACAAAUGCUGAAGGCCUUAAAGAAUAAGAUUAACAACAGUUCAGAAAACUUCCAAAAACAAGAAAAAGAAUCGAACGCAUGUGCAAACAGUUAUGUACUAGAAAAAUCGAAGAAUGAAAAAGGGAAAAUUUCUAUGGAACAUCCUAAACCACCUGAAAAAAAUUUCAAAAAAACAGAAAAGCAAGUGGCAUGUCCAAAUGAUUAUGUGCCCAUGGCAAAAUCAUCGAAUUGCAAGAACGGAAAAACACAAAAUUCUCCAGUAAAUCUUGAAACACAGGAAAAAAGCUCUGAAUGCUUUGUAAGAUUUGAGAUUAGCAACGGAAAUGAAUACUUAAAAAUGAACAGUGCAACGGAUGCUAAACUUAAUAGAAAUCCAGAAGAUCUUCAGGAAUCCUUCAACAAACAUGGCAACGAAUACCUAAAUAUGGCAAAAUCGAAUUUUGUGAAUAAUCAAAAUUUCCAAUUAGAUUCUAAAAUAUCUCAACAUGGAAGCCUUCAAGAAUCUGUCAAUAUCCAUGGAAUUGAAUACUUGGACAUGAGGUCAAAUUUUAAAGAUUCUAAUAGCCAAAAUUUACAGUUCGAUCCUGAAAUACGUGAUAAAAAUCCAGAAUGUCUUCAAGACUCUAUCAAAAUAUAUGGAAAUGAAUAUUUAAAUAUGUCAAAAACAAAUCGAACAGAUGUUAAUUAUCAAAAUUUAAAUUCAACCCCAAAUACUUUAUUCGAUUCGGAGAUACAAAGAAGUGUGCAAGAACCUGUCAAUGAAUUUGGUAAUAGAUACUUAGAUAUGAAAAAAUCUAAUGUUAUUGGCUCCACUUAUCAAAACUUAAACUCAUCACCAACACAAUCGUUAGAGAGAAAUGACUACCUUACCAUGAAUGGUAACAAAACAUAAUCAAACCUAGCAAUAAAAGAACUUUAUGAGCCGUGGUUUUGUUGAUAAAAUUACGUAGGUAAUU